UAGGAAGUGGUGAAUGCCUCGAGAGUCCAGCCAGGCACGCAAUACUUCAACUUUUAGUAUCGUCUUCAACCUCGAGGCUCUUCGCAGUUACCAACACUACAGGGCCAAUAGCUUAAAUAUUUGCCCUUGCGAAAGGUCAUCUAUGAUUACGCUCAUCUAAUCUCCACUAUCUCACCCAAUUUGGUUACAUCAGCCCCCCCUAAUACCUCCACACCACACAGACUUUCCUUGCCGCAACCAUGUCCCCUAUCUUCCUGGGUGAUAGCGAGGAUGUAGUUCCUUGCAGAUGCGGGCCGCCGUCUAGCCCGAGCCCGGAGCUCAGCGGCACUGAGACAGCCUUGACCUCGGACACCGAUGGCCCGGAGCUGCUCAACCCGGGUCCGCAAGGUCCAGAGCCUAUUGCGAUCAUUGGAAUGGGAUGCCGCCUUCCCGGUGGUGCCUCUACGCCAUCCAAGUUAUGGGAUCUUCUGGAGGCCGGCAGGUCGGCGCAGGGCCGGCUCCCGCGUGACAGGUACAACAUGGAUGCCUUCUACCACCUCAACGGCGACCGUCCCGGAAGCAUGAAUACUUCCGGAGGUUACUUUAUCCAAGAGGACGUGCGGGGUUUUGACAACUCCAUGUUUGGCAUCAACCACCUCGAGGCCAUGUACAUGGAUCCCCAGCAGCGGAAGCUGCUAGAAGUGACCUUUGAGGCCUUUGAGGCCGCUGGGCUGUCGCUCGAUGCCAUGUCGGGAGCCAAUGUAGGUUGCUACGUGGGUAACUUUGUCACCGACUUCAUCACGAUGCAGCUCAAGGACCCCGAGUACACGCAUCGUUACACGGCGACUGGAUCAGGAACCACGAUCCUAGCCAAUCGCAUCAGUCACGUCUUCAAUCUCAAAGGGCCCAGCUUCGUCAUAGACACGGCAUGCUCCUCGUCGCUGUACUGCCUGCACGCAGCCUGCUCAGCGCUGUGGCAAAGGGAGUGUGACGCGGCCGUCGUGGCGGGCGCGAACCUGAUCCAGUCGCCUGAGCAGCAGCUCGCGACCAUGAAGGCAGGCGUCCUGUCGGGUACAUCCACCUGCCACACCUUCGACGCGUCUGCUGAUGGUUACGGUCGCGCCGACGGUAUCGGCGUCCUGCUGGUCAAGCGGUUGAGCGACGCCAUCCGCGACAACGACCCUAUCAGGAGCGUUAUCCGAAGCACAGCCGUGAACAGCAACGGCAAGACGAACGGCAUCACGCUGCCUAGCGCUGAUGGUCAGGAGGCUGUGAUCCGUAAGGCGUACGCGCUUGCCGGUCUUGGCUACGGUGAUACGGACUACGUUGAGUGCCACGGCACGGGCACAGCGGUUGGCGACCCCAUCGAGGUUGAGGCGCUUUCCCGUGUAUUUCGGCGGCAGCCAGGGUCACAGCCACUUCUGAUAGGGUCCGUCAAGACGAAUCUCGGACACAGCGAGGCUGCGAGUGGCAUUUCUAGUCUACUCAAGGUGGCCAUGGCGCUGGAGCGUGGCCGGAUCCCGCCCACUAUUGGCAUUAGCUCGCUCAACCCCAAGCUCAAACUUGACGAGUGGAACAUGCGGAUUGUCACUGAAAAUACAGACUGGCCGCAGAACAGAGCAGCGGCUGGACAGCAAACGGGGAGGGUCCUUCGCCGCGCUGGAGUUAACUCAUUUGGCUAUGGCGGCGCCAACGCCCACUGCAUUCUCGAGUCUCCCGAAACACAUGUUCCUCGGGGCUACCGUGAGCGGAGUACUGCAGUUAGACUGGCUUACACCACCAGCACUCCAAGAACGGCCUUACUACUACCUGUCUCCUCCAAGAGUGUGUCGUCACUCGAGCAAAAAGCCACUGAUAUCGCCAACUAUGUCGCCGCCAAGACGACCAGCAGCACCAGUCUCAACGCAUCAGAUCUCGCCUACACACUGGGCGUGCGGCGUUCUCACCUCUCAUCACGGGGGUACUGGAUCGCAGCACCAGACUCACUCUCACAAGACGUCGUCGUCAGGAGCGACACGACCAGCAACAGCCUCCACACACGCAUCGCCGGGCGAGCAUACGCCAAACACCCUCUCGCCUUUGUCUUCACUGGCCAGGGCGCGCAGUGGGCAGGCAUGGGCCGGGAGCUGAUGGACGAGUUCCCGAGCUUCCGGGGGACGGUGCAGAUGCUCGACUCGACGCUGCAGCUGCUGCCGCACCCACCGACGUGGACGCUCCGCGGCGCCCUGCUCGAGCCGCCCGAGUCCAGCUCCAUUAACCUCGCUUCCCGCAGCCAGCCCGUCUGCACCGCUGUGCAGCUCGCCCUGGUGCGCCUGCUGCGUGACUGGGGAAUCGCGCCAGAGUUUGUCGUCGGCCACUCGUCGGGCGAGAUCGCGGCUGCGUACGCGGCUGGCAGGCUCACAGCCAGGCAGGCUAUUGCUGUGGCGUACUACCGCGGGUAUGCGGUGGAGCGGAACACGAUGAUCGGUGCAAUGAUGGCGGCUGGGCUGUCCCAGGAUGAGGCGGAUGAAGAUAUUUCGGCUCUGGGUUUGACGGGAAAGAUUAGAGUUGCCUGUGUCAACUCACCCGAGAGCGUCACCAUCAGCGGUGACACCGACGGCAUCGAGACAUACAAGGCCGUUCUGGAUGGUCGGGGUGUGUUCGCGCGCCUUCUCAAGACGGAUGGCAGGGCGUACCACUCGCAUCACAUGGCCGCCAUUGGGGGCUUGUAUGAGGACCUUGUGGUGGAGGCAUUGGCGACGGCCGCAGUUCAGAACGACUUGGAUGACACCCCUCCAAAGAACUCAUCGCCGGCUCAGUGGAUUUCAUCAGUUACGGGAGAGGUUGUUGGUGACGAGAUGCCCACCGCCGAGCCGUCGUACUGGCGUGCAAACCUCGAGUCGCCGGUGCUCUUCGCCCAGGUCAUCGAGAAGCUCCUGUCCCCAGGCAAGCCGGUGCACCUGAUCGAGGUGGGACCGCACUCGGCCCUGGAAAUGCCCAUCAAGCAGACGCGCACCAAGGUUGGCAUUGACCCUGCCAAGACCCCCUACAACUCGGCCUUGCUGCGCGGCAAGAACUCGACCACCACCAUGUUAACUCUGGCUGGUGAGCUCUUCCUGCACGGGCACUCGGUAGCCUUUGGCGCCGUCAACGACAGCAACUACCACCCUUCCUCGCGCUAUUUGUCAACCAAACCAGGCAUGCUGCUCUCGACGGGGCGACAGCCGCAGGUGCUGACGGACCUGCCCAAGCACGUUUGGGACUACGACGGCGGCGCGGGCUUCAACGAGCCGCGCUCCAGCGUCGAGUGGCGCAACCGCACCCACGCCCGCCACGACCUCCUCGGCUCCCGCGUCCUCGGUGGUGACGGCAUCACGCGCCAGUGGCGGAAUGUGCUGCGCGCCGCCGACGUCGCCUGGCUGGUCGGACACAAGCUAGAUACUACAACUGUGUUGCCUGCCGCCGGCUACCUAGCCAUGGCGAUCGAGGCUGUUUGCCAGACGGCCGGGUUGAGUUUGGAGCAGGACGAGUACGGCUCGCAGCGUUGCAGUUUUGGCUUGCGUCACGUUCAUGUGGAAAAGGCCCUCAUGGUCCCGGACGACCAACAAGCAGGCAUCGAGGUCUUUACUACGAUUCAGCCCGCAACAGCCCCCAAAACAGCAGCGGGGGGAUCUUCAGGCUGGUAUAAGUUCAUCGUCAGCUCCUUUGUCGCAGGUGACUCGACGCGGCACGCUCAUGGUCUAGUCAAAAUCACACAAAAUGAAGAAAACUCUCCCAGCACAACUGAAACCCCUAAAUUAUCACAGCAACAGCUCCUCCCUGUCGACAUUGACGCCAUGGAGCACAGCGCCCCUCGUACCUGGUACAAGAAGUUUGUGCAGGAGGGCCUCAACUUCAGCGGGCCGCUACAGUCCCUCUCCAAGAUCGAAACACACCGUCGCCGAGGGCAGAUGCACCUGCUGGCUCAGACAUCCCUCUCCCCAGGCCUCACCGGCGAGUCGGCCUACGCCCUGCACCCCAUCGCCAUUGACGCACUUUUUCAGUCCGGCCCCAUCGCCUGCACCCGAGGUGUCGUGCGCGACUUUACUGCAAAAGUCCCCGUCUAUAUCGAGGACAUGGAGUUGCGCAUGCCCGGCAGAUCAUCCCUGCCAACUACUUCUACGUUAGAUGACGCGACCGACAGCACGACUGCCCGACAGGGUAGCAUCCGUACCAUCUGCAAGGCGGCGGGCCUCGGCGCGAUUAAUGUCGAUUCGCAGCUGCACGAGGGCGAGGACCUUGUCUUGCGAAUCUCAGGCUGUCGCAUGGUUCCCUACAGCAGCGGUGCGGCUGUGGGCGCUGGCCCAGGGGAUGAGUAUGAGCGUCAUCCCAUGUUGCACGUGGCGUGGAAGCCAGAUGUGGAUAGGCUUGCCGAUGUGAGUAUUGAGCAUGGAGCGGCGGCCUUAAGUGCCUACUUGUCGCAGUUCCAUGGUUCUAACCUCAUGGGAGACGGCGGCGAUGGACUGUUAGAAGCGGCUAAGCUUGCUGGUGGCGUGCUUGAUCUCGUCGUGCACAAGCGGCCGACGCUUCAAGUUCUCCUAGUCAGUUCUUCGGCGAGGGAUGAGGGUGCUGUAAAACACUUGCGCGAGCUCCUUGGAGUGGGUACUGCUUUCCAGCGCUGCCUGUCUUUGUGGAAGCGGAGCACCGACGAGAAUGGUGCCGUGCAGUUCCAAGACUUGUCCGCUAAAGGGGACCCGACGGUCAACGGAACUGCCACAGCUGCUAGCUCUACUGUCCCAUCUACUUUUGAUUUGUUGAUCUUUUUGGAAACAUCGGCCGAGGGACCUACUUCGACGGAUCUGAACUCGUACUCAUCCCUCGUUAACGAGAAGAAGGGCACAAUCAUCUGGAGCGGGCCACCAUCCAGCGGCUCCAUCUCGACCAAGCUGUCACCUCUGGGGUUUUCGUCCAUGGAAGCCCAGCAGCCCCAUGACAACACGGUCUUGGAAGUUGUUCUGGCCCAACGCAGCCCCUCUAAUACGCAGAAGCUUGGACAUCAAGACGUGCUCAUCGUGGAGAGAAACCCAGAUCACAAACUGAACAGCGAGCUUGCCCUCCAGAUCGCCGAGCUGACCGACAAGCCCGCCAAGCGCGUCACCAUCGACCAGGUGACACCGGAGCUGGCGGCUGCCCACCCCACCGUCAUCGCCACCGUGGAGCUCGAAGAUGCUCUUCUCGCCGACGUCAAAGACGGCGACUUUGACCAGAUCAAGACCCUCACGGACAACUGCGCCAACCUGAUUUGGGUGACCGGCGGCGGCCUGGCAGACGGCACACGGCCGGAGAAUGCCGUGGUGUUUGGGUUGUCACGGGCACUCAUGAUGGAGCAGCCAUCGCUACGCUUCUUUGUGGUCGGCAUCGACAGCGAGUCUGUGACCACCGAGACGACCGCAAGGCAAGUGAUUGGCGUUGCAAAGCAGGCGCUGCUGGAGGAUGCGGAGCCCGACUUUGAGUUUGUGCAAGACGGCAAAGUUAGUGGCGCGCUGCAGGUUAGCCGGUUCGUGCCGGACGACUCUAUGAACUCGACAUUUCGGCAGAGGCAGCCCAAUGCCGCCGAGACGCUUGAGAUGAGACUGGGUGAUGCCCACCCCUGUCGUCUGAGCUUGGAUGGGCCUGUCGCGGCCAACAUGUCGGACACUUUUGUCUUCACCCAGGAUCUCAGCCAGGCAAGAGACGACAGCGACCUCAAGCCGGACGAGGUCGAGGUCAAGGUCUUGGCUAUAGGUCUGCACUCCCGUGACCUCCGCGCCAUGACAGGCGAGAUGUCUGAUGGCGACGGCGACACGCAGCCCCACGCCGUGACCUCGCAAUAUGUAGGCAAAGUCGACCGCGUCGGAUCUGCCGUGGAAGGCAUAACUCCCGAAGACCGUGUUUUGGUCAUGGCACCGGGCCGCUGCGCCACUGUUGAGCGAAUCCCCGCGUCAUCCUGCCGCGUCCUCACUGACGACGAGGACCCAGCCACCAUAGCCAGCAUUCCACUGCCCGCAUGCAUUGCGCUGUAUGGGUUGCGCGAGCGCGCCCGCAUCCAACCGGGCGAAACGGCCCUCGUGUGUUAUCGCGACGCAGACGCACAUGGUCGCGACAGAUCUGGCCCCGCAGCCGUACACAUCGCCCGGGCCCUGGGGGCUAAUGUCCUCGCGGUUGUAGUGAUUGACAAUGAGGAGGACGACACAAGACAAGAGCAGCGUUCCUCCAUCAGCGAGGAUCUCGGACUGCCCGAGACACAAGUCAUUCUUGUCAACGGUGGCGGCGGUGAUUUUGGCUCUGACAUGCUCAGCCACCAUGGUCAGGUGCACGUCGUUGCCAACUUUUGCGCGGAUCGUUGGCCACUUUCCAACGUCGCAGCCCUGUGUGCCGACGACGCCCGCAUUAUUCACAUCGGUCGUGGUACGGUUCUCGGCGAGCUUCUAGCCACCGACCCGACCAUCCUCAGAAAGAACAUUGCCAUGUCGACGUUUGAUACCAGCGCCCUAUUUACAGCGCUAUCCUCAUCAACCUCUACGACCCGCGGGGAUCUUCUAUUGGAUGGCGUCCUAUCACUCUGGCGUCAAGGCAAACUUGAUGGCCUACUGGGCACCCAGCCUCGCGUCUUCGACGUCGCAAAUCUAGCCGAGGCGUUCCGUGCCCUCGCCGUCACCAGUACCAAAAACGGCCCUCCAGCCCCAAGAGGCGUGGUCUCGGUCUCCUUCAACGACAGCUCCCUUGUGCGCGUGGCACCACCCAGCUACCACACCCUCUUCAGCCCCGACAAGAGCUACCUCCUGGUCGGCUGCCUGGGCGGGCUGGGCCGGAGCAUGUCGCGAUGGAUGCUGUCGCGAGGCGCGCGCAAGUUCACCUUCCUCGGCCGCAGCGGCACGGACCGCGAACCCGCCGCGCGGCUGGUGCAGGACCUGGAGCUGUGCGGCGCCAGCGUCACCGUGGUUCGCGGAGACGUGGUCGACGCCGCCGACGUGGAGCGGGCCGUCGCCGCGUCCGCCGCCGCCGGCCCCAUCGGCGGCGUGGUUCAGGCCGCCAUGGGGCUCGACGAGGCGCUCUUCACGGCCAUGCCGGCCGCGUACUGGCGCAAGGGGCUCGCGCCAAAGGUGCGGGGUUCGUUGAACCUGCACUCGGCGCUUGCCGGGCGCGACUCGGACCUCGACUUCUUCCUCAUGACGUCGUCCGUGUCGGGAAGCGUCGGGACCGCGACCGAGAGCAACUACUGCGCGGCAAACUACUUCCUCGACGUGUUUGCGCGCUACCGCAGGGGUUUGGGCCUGCCCGCCACGUCGGUCGGGCUCGGAAUGAUCUCCGAGGUCGGCUACUUGCACGAGAACCCCGAGAUCGAGGCUAUGCUGCUGCGCAAGGGCAUUCAGGCCAUCAGUGAGGACGAGAUGCUGAACAUGAUCGACAUUUCCCUGUCAGCUUCAUCGUCGAGGAGCAGCAGCGCGUCGUCGACUGCCUGGGGCGGUACCGACCACGCCAUCGCCCAUACCUUGACGGGGCUUGAGCCCAUCGGCGUGCGUGAGCUGCGCGCCCAGGGUUUCAACGUGUCGAGCCCGGUUCUGGGCGAUCCGCGCGCGAGCCUUCUGGCCGCUGCGUUGGCCGCCGACGAUAAAGAGUCAUCUGGUGCUGGGGCCGGCGGUUCAUCCGCCACCAGCGGAGGCCUGCCUACAGGACUAGCGCAGGCAGUGGCUACAGGUUCGGUGACGGCGGUUGCGGCACAGGCGCUGGAGCUGAUCGCGGACAAAUUCUCCAACCUGGUGCUGGUGCCGCGGGACAGGUUGGACCUUUUGCGGCCGCUGAGCGACGUCGGCGUCGACAGCAUGCUGGCGGCCGAGUUCAGGGGCUGGAUCUACCAGCAGGUCAAGGUCAACGUGCCUUACUUGACCAUGCUGGCGUCUACUACGACGUUGACCAUGUUGUCUGAGCUGAUUGCUGGGAAGCUUCUUGAAGCAUGA